AUCUUCAUAGAAAGAAUCAUUUAGACUUUUCCCUCCCUUUUCACAUUGUAUUUCGCUUACUUUGACCAGUCCGGUAGAUGGCGGAAGUGCACCUUUAUUUUGAAAGCCGCCAUGAAGCAUCAGUAGAAGAAGAAAUAAACAUUCAUAAAUGCAGGACAGUGGUGCGGGAUGCUGCCUGAUAAAGAUGGACUGAAUGGAGGUGGAGGAGUGCAGGACGGCCCCUCAGCUGAAGACCCUUCAGUGACUCUGUUCAGAGAAUACCUGCGCUUGAAGACCGUCCAUCCAGAGCCAGACUACGAUGCUGCUCUGAAGUUCCUGGAGCGGAUGGCGGAUGAGCUCGCUUUACCCAUGCAGAAAGUGGAGGUGUGUCCCGGUCGAGUGGUUGCCAUCAUCUCCUGGAUCGGCUCAAGGCCGGAGCUCAAGUCUGUGGUGCUGAACUCACACACUGAUGUGGUUCCUGUGUAUGAGGAGCACUGGAAACAUCAUCCAUUCGCUGCUGUGAAAGAUGCGGACGGCAACAUCUACGCCAGAGGAGCUCAGGAUAUGAAAUCCGUCACCAUACAGUACAUUGAAGCCAUUCGCAGACUGAAGGCGGCUGGGAAUAGAUUUUCUCGAACCAUCCACUUAACAUUUGUCCCAGAUGAGGAGGUCGGUGGGGAAAAAGGAAUGAAAGCGUUUGUGAAGCAUCCAGAAUUUCAGAAGCUGAACAUCGGAUUUGCUCUUGACGAAGGAUUGGCAAACCCCACCAAUGCUUAUACUGUAUUCUAUGGGGAAAGAAACCUCUGGUGGAUCACCGUUCGCUGUCCUGGAAGUCCAGGUCAUGGUUCCAGGUUUGUGGAAAACACAGCAGCAGAGAAAUUACGGCGAGUUAUAAACUCCUUCCUGGAGUUCAGAGAGAAAGAGAAUCAGCGACUGAACACCAGUGAGUGUUUUACUCUGGGAGACGUCACCACUAUUAACAUGACCAUGGUCAAAGGAGGCGUCGCUUAUAAUGUGGUUCCUGCAGAAAUGGACGUCAGCUUUGACUUGAGAAUCCCUCCUACUGUUAACCUGCAGGAGUUUGAAGAACAGAUUAAAGUCUGGUGUCGAGAAGCCGGUGAAGACGUGACUUAUGACUUUGCGCAGAAAAACACAGACCAGAACUUGACAUCCACUGAUGAGAGCGACCCCUGGUGGCAAGCCUUCAGCUCCACCUGUAAAGCAAUGAACAUGACUCUGAAAAAGGAAAUCUUCCCUGCGGCCACAGACAGUAGCUUCAUUCGGGAAGUGGGUCUUCCUGCCUUUGGUUUCUCUCCAAUGAAUCUCACCCCCAUCCUGCUUCAUGAUCACAACGAGUACCUGAACGAGCAGGUGUUUCUGCAGGGCAUCCAGGUGUACGAGCGGCUCAUUCCUGCUCUCGCCGAUGUGGCUCCGCUGAGUGGAGAACUGUAGAUUCACGCACUCAUGCACACUGCCAUAACAUAACUGAUCAUAUGAGCUGAUCCCAUAUAAACGAGAUCAUCAUUUUACGUUCGCUU